ACAUCACAUGCAAACUAAACUCAGUAAAUUAUCAUAGUCUUCCUAUUGCAGCUCAAUAAUCACUAUUAAGUGCCCGGAUGCGGACGGCAUCAAUAGCAGGCACAAACCAAUGUAAUAUUGGGGCAGAUUAUAAAUAUGCCGCUCAGACUAGCUAAUUUUGCAAACCAUCCGCUCAAGGCUUCCCUCCAUCUCCUCACAUUUCCUCAUCAUUUCAACUGCUUCAACUUAUAUUACUAAGGCUUUCUCUGUUCCACAUCUUUCAACUGAAGGAUAUGGGUACUCUGCAUCAGAUUACUCUGCCUCUUCUGAACAUGCUUCUUUAUAUUACAUUAAUCAUGCACAGCACAAUAAGCACCUCACGGGUGGACCUCACACUUGGUUUCAUUCAUCUCCCACUAAACUCCUCCAAUUUGCGCCAUCACAAGCCAUACAAUUUACCCCUACACAAACGCUACAGCUUUAGACACGGAGUACACAAGCUUUGGGUACACUCCACAGACAAACCUUUGUACCGAAAUAGCCCAACCAAGCCUAGAUCAGAAAUCCGCAUUGCUGGCCACGAUUACUCUUCUGGGGUAUGGCAAUUUGAAGGGCAGGGGUAUGUGCCAUGUGGUACUUCUGGCGUUUCCAUCAUGCAAGUGUUUGGGUCAGAUCCUCCACAUGCGACCACCUUAAUGGUUAGAACCUAUAACGGGUCUCUUUCAUAUUAUAGGGGUCCUGUUCUGGUUCAAAACAUCUGGGAUAGAUGGUUUUAUUUGAAUGUGAUCCAUGAUGUGGAGGCUUGUAAUGUGAAGGUUUAUGUUGAUGGGGUUCUGGUUUUAGAAGCACCGGGUCGUGGAGGGAGCUCCCAUUACUUCAAAUUUGGAGUUUAUGCACAGAAUGAUCCUUCCUACUACAUGGAGUCCCGGUGGAAGGGAAUCAGAGUUCUCAAAAAAUGUUCAUGAUUGAAAUGAAAUAGAGUUGUUGAGUCAUGAAAAUUAGUUUCUUUUGAUGCUUAA